AUGAAGAUGAAAUUCACAGUUGGAAUUUGGAAUGGGAGGUCACUGUGGCAAGCUGGAACAUAUGCGAUGCUGAAAAAAGAGUUUGAAAGGUUGAUGUAUGCCAGAUUCAAAGGAUAUCCAAGAGAUAUUAUUGUGAUAGUUGCUUAUGCUCUAACAACAAAUCAUUCGGAUGAUGAAGUUGAAACGUUCUACAAACAAGUUUCUUUGUUCCGGCGGAUUACCUUGGUGUUAUGUUUUAUUGCUUCGGUAUCAUUUACUUGCUCUUUGGUCGAUGUUGCUUUCUUCAGUGUCUUCAUCGGUACCAUUGGUGUUAUUCAUGCCACCUUGUCAACGUUGGGUACUAGCAUAUCAGAAUGCCAGAAGCAAGUUUUUAAGCAGAAUGAAACACUAUUGAUCGUGUCAGUGAUAAGAGCCUUGUGGGCGGUGGACCAGGAGCGAAAAGAUGAAAAAAGACGAGCCAGUAAUCGCUCCUCAAUGAAUUUUGAAAAUAGAUGGGUCUUGAGAUCCGCUCUGAACUUCGCAAGUGAUGGAGAAGUAGUCAGAGAAGUAGCGCCUGAGACCAAGAAAGUUUUCAUCAAUCAUGAUCUUUCCAAAAGACAGGCUGAACAAGCCUUUCUCAAGCGACAGGAGCGACGCCUCAUCAAAUCCACCGUUGAAAAAUCUUCUAAAUUGAAUAAUGACCAGCCUUUUCGUCUCAACAAAUAA